UUCACUCGCAGUAGACCCGUCUCUCCAAGUUCUGAAACAGAGAGAUGAACCAUGACGGACAAGACGGUGCGUUUUGGGAUCCUCGGAUGCGCCGUCAAGUACGCGUCAAAGUUCGUCAGAACCGUUACUCUACUUUCCCCUAACGCCGUUAUACUCGCCGUCGGCGAUCCCUCCCUCGAAACGGCGAAGAACUUCGCCGUUUCGAACGGUCUCUCGCCGGAGACCGUCGCGGUGUACGGAAGCUACGAAGAAGUGCUCGACGAUGAACGCAUCGACGCCGUUUACCUGCCGUUACCGGUGACACUGCGGGGGCGAUGGGCUGUUGCGGCGGGGGGGGAGAAGAAGCACAUGGUGGUGGAGAAACCUCCGGCGAUCGACGCGGCGGAGCUGGAAUCGCUCCUGGAGGCGUGCGAAUCCAACGGUGUACAGUUCAUGGACGGUGCGAUUUGGCUGCAUCAUCAACGGACGGCCAGGAUUGAAGAAAUGGUGUUCAAUUCCGAAUUGCUCGGAGAUGUUCGCCACAUAUACAGCACAAUGACGACCCCUGUACCAGAACAAGCGUUAGAGAGGCUGAGCAAAGAUGCAAUGGGCUCGGCUGGUGCCAUUGGAGAGCUCGGUUGGUACCCCAUAGGAGCCGUCCUAUGGGCCAUGGCUCACGAACUACCGACGUUCGUCAUGGCUCUUCCUUCAUCGGUGGUCACCAACUCCUCCGGCGCCAUCUUGGCUUGCUCCGCCUCUCUUCAUUACGCCCCGACCGCCACUGCAACCGUCCAUUGCUCCUUCCUCUCACACCUUUCAACCGAAUUGGCCAUCACAGGAUCAAAGGGAUCGAUCUGGGUGAACGACUAUGUCAUUCCGUACGAGGAGGACAAGGCUUCGUUCGAGUACACGACCGGCGCUCAAUUCGUUGACAUGCACGUAGGUUGGAACGUGAAGCCGGAGAAAGUGACUGUGGAGUGCGGCGAAAUGUCGCAGGAGGUGAUGAUGCUGACGGAGUUCGUGAGGCUCGUCGGAGGGAUCAAGAGUGGCGUCUCCAAGGCUGACCGGCGGUGGCCGGAGAUCAGCCGGAAAACUCAGCUGGUGAUUGAUGCUGUCAAGAAAUCCGUCGAUGUUGGAUGUAAAGUUGUUUAUCUGUAGAUUUAUGUCUUCGGAUUCUGUGGGUACUCCAUGCCAAAUCGCCAAUGAAAAUGAAAACUUUCAUGUGGGUAUGUAUA